AUGGGGCAAGAUCAUCGUAGGUUGGAUUCGAAAGUGAUUGCACAAUACAUUUUUACGAUGGUCAAGGCCGAUCCAACAAUCAGCAUCAGGAUUCUACAAAGAGGUGUGGAGAAUCACUUUGGUUACAAGGCAUCAUACAGAAAGGUUUCGCUUACAAAACAGAGAGUCAUCACUAGAAUAUAUGGCGAUUGGGAGGAGUCAUACAAUGAGCUUCCUCGGUGGUUAUUCUCUAUGCAGAUGUACUUGCCAGCCGUGUACAAAAAGCCGACUAAUGUACGUCCAUUUAGGUACUUGGGUGCAACUAGUGACACAGUCCUAGCCAGCUGCAUCCACCGACACUGUGAUGUUUCAUCGGGUCUUUUGAAUAACUUUGUUGAUGGCCAUAGCGCAAGACGGCAAUGUGCAGCUGUUGAGGGUAAAACAAAGGAAGCGUGGUCGUUCUUUCUUUCGUACUUACGGGAGCAUGUUACACCACAACUAGGGGUGUUAGUGAUUUCGGAUAGACACAAGUCCAUUGAUGGAGCACUGAAUGCCAAAGCGAGUUUAUGGAAACCGCCUCAUGCCUUCCAAGCGUUUUGUACAAGACACAUUGCAACCAACUUCGUGACCCACUUUAGGAACCAAGACUUGAAGAAGGUUCUUAUUAAUGCAGUGUACUCAAAGUCGUAUCAUGAGUUUGCUCAUUAUUAUGGGCGUCUGAGGGGCGAAAACCUAGCUAUUACAAACUAA